CUGGGGCUGAUGCAUUCUGAUUUAUUUUCAGGCCUUUGUGGGUCACUCGCAAUGCUCUGCGUGCGCGUGCACGUGUUCCAUGCAUCUGUUCGGUUUUCGAGCCUUUCUGGCUCCCCUAUGCAUGAUACUGCACCUCUGGCAGGUACGUCGGGGGUUGCUAAUGAGUUUGCAGCUGUUCACGAGUCAUUCGCAAUGCUCUGUGCAUGUGUGCACACAUCCGACAUGCCCGUUUGACUUCCCAGCCUUUCUGGCUUGCCCAUGCGCAGUUUUGCGCCUCUGGCAGGUAACCCCAGGGCUUCUGACACUUUGCAGAUUUGCAUCACUGUGCGGGUAUAUGCGUGCAGUUAGUAACCUGGCCCCUCCACCAUCUCCCUGCUCUAUGACACUGUCGAGUGCACUCACGGAUGCCCACUUGCUGGCUGCCCUCUACCAUGACAGUUGCGGCAUUGGGAGUCGCAACCAUAGAUUCAUUUCUGCCUGCCAAGGUGCUAACCAUAUCCUUUUGUUACCUGUUGCGAAGGGGUAAGCUACUUGGUUACAAUACUCAUUGGAUUCCGCAAGGUCAUCUGGAAUAACAAUGUCGUAUGCUCACUGUGCUUGUCCUCCAACAACUGACACAGAAUUUGUUUGGAAUUAACCAUUUAAUAUGCAGGGAAUUGCUCGUACGGUGUGACGAGCUUCAUCGAGAAGGACGCUGAUU